GAUUGCUUAAAAAAUGGUCAAGUGCAGAGCCACAUUUACAUCCAAGUUUCAGGGAUCAAAUUUAGCAAGCAAAAAAAUUCCAAGACGUCAUCUGUUAUACACUUGUGUAGCUUCAAUCUUUGCUAUAAUCCACAUUGCCUGCAGAAAAACAAAGGAUUUUAAUGGACCUAUUGGAUCAAUAAUAAAGAAAAUAUGGAUAGGGAUGAGUAAUAUAAUGCCAAUUUUAUACACAAUGCAGUUUCAAUGGCUAUCAAUCCUCUCUUUUAUAGACAAAUGUAUACUUAGUUCAGAAAUUGUGAUAGAAAAGUUGUUUCCGCCAUCGUCUAGAUUGUUUGAUAAGAUUGAUAAGCUAGCUUAUGUAGUAGAAAAUCUACCAGAAAAAUUUGAUGAUAUGAUGGAAAAGUUGCCUAUGAUUAUUCAUCAGGUGCCAUUUCUUGAUUGGGCACUCGUUCAUCUUAUAGCUUGGUUGAAUUUCUGGAUUUCAUGUUUGACUCGUUGGGGAUCCAAGAAUGCUAGGGAGAAAGAGAUAAGGAUCGAUGUCAAUCAAGAAUCAACAAUAAAAGACGUUACACUUAACUCAGAUGCUUCAAAAGAUCAAAUCAUGUUGUCAAAUGAAAAAUCAGAAAUUGAAGAAGCAAUAAGCCCGGCAUCAUCAUCAACGUGUGAUCCAUUUGAGGACACGGUUUCAUCUCCAAUAUAUGGUUCUCCACUUGGAAUCGGAACGAGUAAUAAAGACAAUCAUUUUGGCAAGUGUAGCUACAAGGAUAUGCUUGAGAAAAGGACUGAAGAAAUGAAAGAGGAGAAAGGGAGAAUAGUUUAG